AUGUCGGAGAUCUGUGGUCAUGUUGACUCUGAGGUUGGAGAUAGCGAGGAGGACGUCGACCUUUUUGACUUGGAUCUGCAGUAUCUAGAGGACGUAGAAAACUCAUCUGGACAAAAGCCCCAUCGGCGCAGUGCAGGAGAUCACCCUCUCAAAAAAUGGGUUCCAGAGAUCAACAACUAUCUCACUGAGAUGUUGCAUCUCGAAGGGUGUUGUGGCUUUGACUCUGGGCGCUGCAGGUUUGCCCACCUACUGUCCACUCAGUCGAAGAUGUCCGGUUAUGAGUUUUAUCAGAGUCUUGCCCGAUUGACUGAUAACACUAGUGUGCACACCCCCAAAGAUCAUUAUCCUGCCUUCAUGCGUAUCAUGCGCAUGUGGAGGCAUCUCAAAAUGCUGAAACGAGCAGGCUGGGGCCAUGAACCUGGAGGGGUGCAGGCGACCCAACCUGGGUCAUGUGCGAUUCUUUGCCUGGUGUGUCCACACCCUGGCAAGAAUCUGCCCCCGGACUGGGAGAAAACCCCAGAAGACCAAAGGUGGAUAUACCGGCUGUUCAUCAGGCUAGAUGCAAACUUUCACCUCAAACGUAAGAAGGUGUCUUCCGACAGCAUCGAUCCUGGACUUAACCAUGGCUAUGCAUACUUUGUGGAGGAAAAAGCAUACAAGGAGUAUCUCAGCACAUAUGACUCCCUUGUGAAGGAAGAGCAAAGUACUUGCAACAACCACGAUGUGGUCAAGUUGCCCAACAUCAGGGGCUCAGUCGCAGGUACAGCGGCAAGUGGCAUUGGUGCCGUCACAUGCACACACCAUGACAUGAGACUGCCAUGCAGCGUUGGCGACCUUCAAAAAGGAGAGCAAUAA